UAAAUAAAAAAAAACAAGUCAAAAUGCAUGCAACUAAAAUAAAGGAGGGCGAUGAUCGCGAGGAUAUGGAGCUGAAUCAAGUUUGGCGCGCUUGUCGUAAAAUUCAAAGCGCUAUAUUUCGCUAUAACUUUGAUAUAUGCGCAGAUCUAAAGCAAUUUGAUCCAGAAUGCAGCGGCUUUGUUUCAGAAUCUAUAUUCACUGCUGUGCUGGGCAGAUAUCGCAAAAUGGCUGGCAUGUCAGAAUUUGAGCUGCGCGAUGUUUGCGAUUAUUUUCAAAUACGCGAUGGCCGCAUUGCUUAUCGUCAGUUCUGCAAAACUGUUUGCAAUGAAAAUUUGGGCAAAAGCGCUGGCAAAGAAAUUUGCUCUGGGCUUGAAUGGAACGAUCCUUGGCAUUUGAAUGUUAUACCCAAGCCAGAGGAGCGACGCAAACUUUGUCUUAUACUCAUCAAAAUAGCAAAGGAAACUCAUUUGCCAUUGAUGCCUUAUUUUCAGGACUAUGAACUGAUUGCGCAAAAUGUGGGCGUGGUUACUGUUUCGCACUUUUCGCGUGUGCUGCAUUUUAUGAAAAUUCCGCUAUCUGAAUCUGAUUUUCUGCUGCUGCUUAAGCGUUAUAUGAAGGAUGGUUAUCUAGUUAACUAUGUUGCCUUUCUCAAGCAUAUAGACAAUAUUAUAGACUAUCUAAAGCAGCAUCAUUUGCUGGACAACUCUGGCGAUCUUGUUACUAACUUCCCUGGGCGUCUGGUUGACUUGGAACUCUCACAAUUGCCGCCAAUCAAUGGCUGUCAGAUUAUACAGCCAAUUUUCCCUGAUGCCUGCAAUCAUCCCAAGAAGAAUCGCGGACAAUGCGAUGUGGUCUUUUGUGUUCAAAACUAUAUACACAAGAAUCGCGUGCGCAGCUGUGAAUUCCUGGAAAAGUUUGAUACACUCAAUAUUGGCAGCAUAACAAAGAAUCAAUUUGAACGCGGUUUAUCCAACAUGGGUGUGGGCAAGUAUUUAUCGCAGCGUGAAUUCGAGCUGCUGGCUGAACGCUAUAUGGAUCCAUUGGAUAUGACGCGCAUACGCUGGCGCAAUUUUGUAGAUGAGAUUGAUACGGUGUUUACAACAAAGAAUCUGGACAAGAUGCCGCUGUGUGUGGUGGAGUCGCCGCUGCAGCAUAUUAAGGAAAUGCCUAGACCAGGCACGCUGGACUGGCAAGCAGCGCCGCAGAAUUUGCGCGAUUUGUGCGAGGAAGCAAUGGCUAAAAUCAGAUUACGUAUACGCAAUCGUCGACUAUAUUUGCAUCCAUUCUUCCGCAACUAUGAUAAGCUCAACAGCGGUCAUGUGCGCUGCAAUCAAGCGAAUCAAAUCUUUCGCGUCAAUGGCAUUUUACUGUCCGAGCAGGAGCUCAACUCAGUGCUGCAUCGCUAUGGCAAUGAGCUGGGCUUCUUCUAUACCAAAUUUCUGGAUGAUGUUGAUCCAGCUGAGUAUGCUAUGCCUACUAUGGUCACCAAGCAGCAGCUGCAGGAGUGUCCAGAGUUUCCACGCGAUGUUAAGCAGCCGGAAAUGGCCAGCGAGGAGACUGUAACGCGUAUUCUGACCAGCUGCAAGCGACAGGCGCUUACCAAGGGCGUUUCGGUUAUAGAUUUCCUAGCUGACUACGAUCGUCAUCGUGAGGGUUUAAUACUUGAAGCGGACUUCAAGCGCGCGCUGGACAAUUCGAUGGUUAUGCUAAGCGAGGAUGAUGCCAAUGUUGUUUGCAAUGUCUUUCGCGCACAGCAGCGCACGGCCUGCAUACGCUAUCGCGACUUUUGUCGCGCACUGGAUGAAAUCUUUAUACAGCUGGAUUCCAAUUUGGGUGACAAUAUUGUGACUGCUGUGCCGCUGCUGCAUUUGCCGAAUCUGGACUGUGUCGACUGCUUCCUCAACUUUGAUGAGCGCACACUUUGCUCCAAGGCGCUGAUGAAGCUGGCACGCCGACCCGAUGAAAUCUCCAAUUUGCGCCAAGUGUUCAAGGACUUUGAUAGACAGCUCUGCGGUUCGGUUACACAGAAUCAGUUCCUGCGCGCCAUUACGCUGCGUGAUAUGCACCAGAUGCUGAGUGGUCGUGAAUUCGAAUCGAUUUGUAAAUGCUUUGGCGUCAAGCGUGGCCUCUGCCUGGAGUUCAACUAUCGCGAGUUUCUGCAGAUACUGGACGUGCUCUUCACCACGGGCCAAAUGAAGCGCAACUAUUAGCGCCUACAGUUAGUUUAUAUACAAAAUUUCUGUGUGUUUAAUGUUUGAAUAAAA